AUGGUGUCCCCAGCGGUUACGCAACAGAAGAUUGAAUCAUGGCUUCAACACUCCGCUGCCGAUAUUAUUCGACAUCUCGACGACGCUCCAUUUUUCCAUCUCGUUUUCGACGGGGUCCGUGGCUUCCGAUCUCCCGUUAGACAGCGGCUUCCACAGGGUAUUGUAGAUCACGCUGACAGCUGGUCGUCCGUAAGACAAGCAGUUCAGAACGACGAUCCAGAUGGUCUCAUUUUGGUUCACCGGCUCGAUGAGAGCGAUCUUACCAAGAGAUACGUGAUUCUCGCUCAAGGCAUAGACGCAAGAUUUCUUCCCGCCAACCGCCUUCCGACCUACCUCAAGCCAUCCGAAGUAGCCGCCAAAGCAGCCGCCGCGGCCUCAGCAGCUGCCGCAGCCGCAGCAAAAUCAGCUUCCGCAGCAGCCGCAAACAUAAACGCCAGCCCCGCAUCCCUCAACUCGAGCAUUUCCGACUUCGUGUCGUCCCUCAAUGCCUCUAUUUCCAGCCUCGUGUCUUCUCUCAACAGCAGCGCGGCCGCUAUCGAGACCGCGCUGCAGGCGCAGGUAUCCGCGUUAAACGCCAGCCUCGCCGCGCUUAGCGACAGCCUCGCCCACCUCAACUUCACAUUCGCCAGAGCCAAUAUCUCGUCCGAAUCGGCGUCACCUUCAUUAGCGCCGCUUCUGGCGGCCUUGAAGUCUCAGCUUUCGGCUGUCGAGUCGAAGCUGUCUGCCGACGGUUUGAAGAAGAGCAUGGAUGCGCUUGCAAAGGACCUAGCGGAAUUCGCAGCAGCGGGGUCCGGGGGGGCGCGACCGACGCUCGUGGCGGGAACACAGCCGCUUUCAACAGUGGGGACUUCUGGCGCGGCGGCCGGCGUCCCUGCCGGCGAGUUGGCGAGGCAGAUCUCCGAUCCGCUCGCGCCGAGGGCGCAGCCCCUCUCGACGGUGGGGACUUCUUCUGGUGCGGCGUCCGGCGUCCCUGCCGCCGCGGAGUUGGCGACGCGGAUCUCCGAUCUGACGCAGCGACUUGCGGGAAUCAACGGGAACGUCAACGCGCUCGCUGCGAUGGUGAACGUUGUUGCUAGCGGGGUUGCUAACGGCGUGAACGGAGUCCUCGGUAGCGGUGUGGACGGCAGCGUGGUGGCGAAUGUCGCAAAUCUUCUGCCCCAGCAGGCAGGCAUGCUGCGCGCCGUGCUGACGUCAUGCAACGGCCUGCUGUCUCUCCAAGCCGGCGCUGCUGAUAUUCAGAUUCUUAAGAUUGGCUCGGACUACAUGAUUACAUACUACUUUUACGUAACAGGAAUGACCAAGGCGCCGGACUCUCAGGCCAUUUUCAAGGGCAACCCUUGCAACUCUGUUACCACUGUACCCCUCACCCUCCCUGGCACGUGGGUGCCUAUGAGCCCUGUGACCUGGUCGCUGGUGAAUGUUGUGAGGGCGUCAGCUGCUGACUUGGCGGAUCUGUUGGCAUCUCUCCAAGGAGUCACCAAUGACAGGCUGUAUGUUGGAUUCUUUGGGGCUGGUGUAGCACUCUCAGGGAAGAUUAUUGGGGGAAAGUUGUGA